AUGCGCAACAUCGGACACAAGGCCUUCAUCCCCAGGUUCCUGACAGAUCCGGCCCAACUGGCAGUCGUUGCGGCCCAGUUUUCAUGUGUAGCGCCCCGAGAUGGCGCGCAGAAUGGCCCGGCCGCAUUGAUCGCCUCGGGUCUUUUGGACGAGAUCCAGUUGAGAUCUGACAAGACCAUCGGCCAAUACCAUCUAGGACAGACGGGGCCCAGAUCCAAUCACAAUCCAGAUACCGACCCAGACGUCGAUGGAAUGAAAAGGCCUCGCGCUGUUAGCGCAGCCACGCAGCAGAUCAACGAGCGAGUUUACCACCACGCCCGACAGGGACGAUUUGUGCUGACCCUGGGUGGCGAUUACUCAAUUGGAAUUGGUACAGUCUCUGCAACCGCCAAAGCCGUCCGUGAAAGGCACCCCGGGCUGGAAGUCGCUGUUAUGUGGGUCGAUGCCCAUGCCGACAUCAACACGCCGCAGACCAGUCUGAGUGGCCGUCUUCACGGGAUGCCGAAGCUCGUGUAUAUUGGCCUUCGCGAUGUCGACGAUGCCGAAUGGCAGACCAUUGUGAUCACGGCAUCAAGGCAUUCACCAUGGCCGACGUCAAGUGUUCUAAUCCGACUCCACAGAUAUGGGAUCCAGACGAUCAUGGACUGGGCUUUGGAUCAUGUCGGCCCGUCCCGGAUCCAUGUCUCGUAUGAAAUCGACGCUUUGGACCCUCAAUGUGCACCAUCAACUGGGUUUCCGGUUGCCUCGGGCUUGUCUUUGGAUGAGAGUCAGCAUAUUGCUGCUCGUCUCCAGACCACGGGGAAGGUGGUUGCACUCGACCUAGUGGGAAUAAGCCCCCAGAUUGCCACCGCAUCGCUGCCUCUCACUGUUGGUACCGCAUCCAGCAUAGUCAAGUAG